CUUGAUAGGUACUUAACCGCCUCAUCUUACAUCCGAACAACACGACCUUUGUCCCAUCGCCAGUUUCCCUUCCGCUUUUUUCUACAACCAAACGUAAUCUUUCGUCGCUCAUCAAAAUGGAUCGCAUCAAGGAGAAAAUGAACCAGCUUCGCCUGGAGGCCGACGAGGCCGCUGGCAAGGUCGAGGAGCUUCAGACCAAGGUCAAGGUCCUCGAGCAGGAGAACCUGUCCAAGGAGCAAGAGAUCACCUCCCUGCAGCACAAGAACAACCUCCUUGAGGGUGAGGUCGAGAAGCUCGAGAACACCGUCAAGGACUUCAAGAAGGCCGCCGACGAGGGACAGCAGCACGGAACCCAGAACGAGACCCUUCAGCGAAGGCUGCAGCUCCUCGAGGAGGAGGCCGAGGAUGCCGACAAGACUCUUCGUGAGGCCAACGAGAAGCUCCGACAGACCGAUGUCAAGGCUGGACACUUCGAGCGCAAGGUACAAGCUCUUGAGAGCGAGCGUGACCAGUGGGAGACCAAGUACGAGGAGAUGUCGCAGAAGUACACUUCUCUUCAGAAGGAGUUGGAGGAGCUCCAGGCCGAGAUUGGCAACAUCUAAUCGAACUCCGACCUUUAUACACUUGCGCCGGAUGCAGUAUGUUUAUUAGCAUGUCCCUCAGCCAUCAGUAUACUCGUUCAGUUGCAUGAUGCUUUGGUUGAAGGGAUCUUUGAGUGUUGGCCAGAUGAGCGAAUGAAGCAGUUUCCGUAUAUCAUGUUACUUUUCUACUAGCUGAUUGAAGCUGGCCUUUCUCAUUUCUAAAGGGUAUCUUUUGUAAAUGGUGCGCCUGUUUGCAUCCCUCUCUGUUGUCCAAAUCCACCGGUUCUCAACAAAUUUAGCCCGAC